AACACCUCAUCACAUCAUCUGGAUCCAUCUUGAUGUAGCCGAUGAGUUUGAGCCGCCGACGGCCAAGAAGUUCAAGUCUCAGCACAACGCAGCACGAUCGUAUGAACCAGCUACCCUUCAGCCGGACGAUGUGAUGAUAGUCGAUAUCAGUGCGGGGCGGACCCAUUCUGUUGCGGUCGAUUCUAUGGGCAGAGCUUGGGGCUUUGGCAGCAGCAAGUACGGGCAAUUGGGUCAAAUUGCACAGAAAACCAUACACCCGCAUAUGCAAGCACAAUCAGAUCGAAACUUGGAUCUAACCCAACCCGAAAUCCGGGUCGAUGCCCAGCUCAAAGUCAGCAGCACAGCAGACAACACGGAUACAACCGAUACUCCUAGAGUUUUUGAAUUCGCUGGUGUUUUUAAAAAGGUGCAGAAAGCUAUUUGCGGGGCCUGGAAUACCGUGCUAUUAAUGAGAAGCGGCGAGGAAUGUACUUCAGAGAAACGCUUAUGUGAUACAGGAUGAUUACCUACAAGGCACGAGACGAACAGCUGUCUCUUGGUGAUGGCAAGGAUAAGAACGUCCGGUGCUAUCGAGGACUUGAUACUCUCAAAUUUGAAAGCUACUUCUGUGGGUACCUCAUUGCACACAUCCACAGUUUGCCAACAAUCACUCAAGGAAGAACAGUAUUAGUGACUAUCACCCGGAAGCUCUGAGGAUGACUGAUAUAUACGACUUUGCGAGGGACCUUAUCCCCAGUGACCAAUGGAGUGUGGCUACCUCAGGCUCAGGCAGGAAUAACACGUACUCUAAAACGUUUGCCCUAAGAUCUAUUAUUGUCGGCAAAUAAAACGAUUGUAUCGUACGCUGAC